UCUCCUCCUCCUGCACCCCCGGCCCACGCCGACUCUCGCGAGAGCCCAAGAAACUAUAAAGGCAGCGCCCCACGCAAGCUCCGCAAAUUCUUUUCCUGGCUGAUCUUGGUGCCUUCUGUUUUGCAACUGCUGAUAACAAGAUGUCUUCAGGAGCUGCUAAAAUUGGGCACCCUGCCCCCAACUUCAAAGCUACAGCCGUUAUGCCAGAUGGUCAGUUCAAAGAUAUCAGCUUGUCUGACUACAAAGGAAAAUAUAUUGUGUUCUUUUUUUAUCCUCUUGACUUCACCUUUGUGUGCCCUACGGAGAUCAUUGCUUUUAGUGACAGGGCAGAAGAAUUUAAGAAACUCAACUGCCAAGUGAUUGGUGCUUCCGUGGAUUCUCACUUCUGUCAUCUGGCUUGGAUCAACACACCCAAGAAACAAGGAGGGCUGGGACCCAUGAAUAUUCCUUUGGUAUCAGACCCCAAACGCACCAUUGCUCAGGACUAUGGGGUCCUAAAGGCAGAUGAAGGCAUCUCAUUCAGGGGCCUCUUCAUCAUUGAUGAUAAAGGGAUCCUCCGGCAGAUCACUGUAAAUGACCUCCCCGUCGGCCGCUCUGUGGAUGAAACUCUAAGACUAGUUCAGGCCUUCCAGUUCACUGACAAACAUGGAGAAGUGUGCCCAGCUGGCUGGAAGCCUGGCAGUGAUACCAUCAAGCCUGACGUCCAGAAAAGCAAAGAGUAUUUCUCCAAGCAGAAAUAAGCAUGGGGCCAUUUUAGUGCUGGGCUGCAGUGGGCACCCUUGAGAACAAAAGCCUCUUUUGUACUUCUCUUCAUGCAUAAAACACAAAGCCUUAUACUUGGCUGAGACCUGAUAUGUGAUAGAUAUAGACCUUUCCUGCAGGGGUGGGAGAGGCCAGCCUUUCUUCACCCUGGUGGAAAUGGCCUGAGCUGUGCUGUGGGACAGGCCAGCUAAUGUGUUUCGUGUACCAGUAGUGGAGCAUGAGCCCAUUGAUCUUUUGUAGUUUCUAUUAAAUUUGAACCAAGA